UCUCCGCAGUCUGCAGUGGACAUGGCGUCAUUAAAAAAAAGUGUAGGAGUCCAGAAACUUCAUCCAUGUAAAUAACGCUAAUUAGAGAGCCGCGUGAGAGGAUCUGGGUAGUAAUACAUCAAACAGCUAUUUGGAUAUCUUUAUAUUAGUUUUUUUUUCAGUAUGCCUCGGAAAAAGCCGUUUAGCAACAAACAGAAGAAGAAGCAACUACAAGUCAAACGGGAGAAGAAGAGAGGUGAUACAGGUUCGGGUCCAAGCAGCCGCAAUGCUAGUGUUGAGCGAGGAGGAGAUCGUCAGUCAGACACCUCGGAUAGUGAGACCACUGAAAUUAAAAGGACAAACCAGCAGCCCUUCGGCAGAGAAAGCAGAUAUGACCCAAACAGGUUUCGACUGCAGUUUGAGAAAGAGAGUAAAGAGGAGGUAGAGAGGAGGAAGAAGCUGGCCAGAGAGACUGUGCUGCAGCAGGUUUCAGAUAAAGAACUUGAAGUCGACAUCAACGAGAUCUACCCACCAGAGAAAGGUCUUGGUUUCCCACGGCGGCCAUCUUGGAAUUAUGAUAUGACACGAGAGAGCCUGCUGAGGAAAGAGGAGAAGUCCUACAGAGACUACCUGGAAGACUUGCACUCCAGAAACCCACCUGGCUCCCUCAGCCACUUUGAGCACAAUCUGGAGACCUGGAGACAACUGUGGAGAGUUCUGGAGAUGUCAGACGUCAUCCUUCUCAUUGUUGACCUCAGACACCCGGUGCUGCAGUUCCCUCCAGAUCUGUACCACUACAUCACAGGAGAGCUACACAAGCAAGUGAUCCUGGUGUUGAACAAAGUUGACCUGUGUCCUCCUCCUCUGGUGAUAGCCUGGAAACACUACCUGACCUCCCAGUUCCCUCAYCUGCACAUAGUUUGUUUCACCUCCCAUCCUGGACAGUCCUACAACACAGUGCUCCAGAAGAGGAGGAUGAGGAGGAAGGCUGACUGGAGUCACGCUGGAGGUCUUAUUGAAAUCUUUAAAGCUUGUCAGGAGAUCACAGCAGGGAGAGUGGACCUGUCCAGCUGGGAGCAGAAGAUCCAGAGAGAUGCUGCUGCAGCACGACUCGGCGAGGAGCAGUCGGAUGAAGGGGCUGAAUCUGUGCUGGUGGAACAUCAAAGUGAUAGUGCUCUGGAGAUGAGUAACCCAACACAGGAGCUCUACAAAGACGGGGUUCUUACGUUGGGCUGCGUAGGUUUUCCAAACGUUGGUAAAUCAUCCAUUAUCAACAGUUUAGUUGGGAGGAAGGUUGUGAGUGUGUCUCGGACKCCAGGCCACACCAAAUACUUCCAGACCUACUACCUCACCCCRACAGUUAAACUCUGCGACUGCCCUGGACUGGUCUUCCCCUCACGUGUCAAUAAGCAGCUGCAGAUUCUCACAGGUAUUUACCCGGUGGCUCAGCUGCAAGAGCCGUACACAUCAGUUGGUUAUUUGUGUGAGAGGACUCCUUUUCUAUCUGUACUGAAACUCAAACACCCCAGUUUGCAAGAGAAGGAUCCACAGCAAGAACAACAGGGGUCUAAAGAGYCCAGUUGGACUGCCUGGGACGUGUGUGAAGCUUGGGCAGAAAGAAGAGGCUAUAAAACAGCAAAAGCAGCUCGAAAUGAUGUUUACCGUGCCGCUAACAGUCUGCUGAGGUUGGCGAUUGAUGGCAGAUUGUGCCUCUGCCUCAGACCACCUGGCUACAGCUGUCUGAGAGAACGCUGGGAGAACCACCCAGACCUGCCUGAGAUUAUGGCUCUUCAAGGACGAGCGACGGAGGAGGAAGAAAGCGACAAGGAGGACGGAGAGACAAGCAGCGAGCCGGAGGAAGAGAGAGACCGGGACGCAGACGACGAUGAGGACGGAGACGAUGAAGAUGAGGGGUUUGGACAUAAAAGACAGAGAGACGACAAGUCGUCUGGUUUUUCUGUCAACAUGUACAAUGUACUCGGGGAAAACGAGUGCGCGUGAAAAUUUAAGAACGAAAGUAAGGUGAAAGCAGAUUUAACAAACCGUUUCUCUUGCUGUCUGCUUUAGUGCACUUUUCAUCCUAAAACUGCUCUCCUUCUCAGGUUUCCUCUGCAGUGUUCUCUUUCAUUUUCYUUCUUUCUCCCAACAACGUACAGAGCAUAUUUAUGCAUUCCACGCCGUGCCUCUGCUCUGCUUCUUCAUCCCCCAAAGCUCGGUCUUUAAUUUUACUUCUACGAAAAGAUUGGAUUUUAUUUUGCAUGUAGCUCUUAGUGCUAAACGAAUAAAGCAACGUUCCUGAGCGUGUAAUGAUCAACUCACUGGUUUUCAAUCUGUUCCAUUAGAACGUGACCUCAUAGCUGAAAUGCCAAAGUUCAGAGAGGAUAAUAAAACGAAUCAGAUGCACCGCUGGUGAUAUUCACUGGAAAAGGUUUAAAAGUUUAGUUUGUGGGUGGAGAAGGGAUAUCGGACCAUAAAACUAGAACCAACAUUUCAAACUGUUUUGUAGAUAAAUAUUAGGAGUCAUUAGUUUGAACUUGGUUUGGUUUGGAUGGUGUGUCGGUGAGAAUCAAACUGCAUUUGGUUGAAAUUUUAAAAUCUUUUCAGAUGAGAGGGUAUUGAAUGCCUUACCGAACAAGGCUUAUUUCAGGAUUAAACUCGUAGUGUUUUAACUACAACAGCUGUCCUCCGACACUGAGAGGAGUUUUCAGUAUUUAGCAGGAUUUUGWUGCACUUGUACAACAUAUUUGUGUUGUAAUGGAAGUACGGCAGGUUCGACUGAACAAAGUCUGCUUUAAAAAUCAGCUCUAGAGAUAUUUUAACAUUCUUCAAAACAGUCGCUACCACUUUUUUUUUGAUUAAACGUGUCCUUAUAGUUUUGCACAGAGACUAGAAAAAGAUAUUUUAAUAAAUGAUAAACAACAGAUUGUAAYUUUAAAUAUGCAAGCAGCAGAGUUCAGAACCUCCCAAAUGCAAGUUUCAAUGUUAUUCAUAAACUAAAUGUGUUUAUAAAACAUAAGACAGCAUAUUAGGGCCAGAUUGCGAAACUAAAAUUUUAAAUUAUGAGAAUAAAGUUGUAAUAUUAUGGGGAUUUAGUCAUGUGGGAAAAAAAGUCACGCGAGAAAAAGUCCUACAAGAAUAAAGUCUAUAUUAUGUGAAAAAAGUAUGAAAAAUACAUAAUAUUAUGAGAACAAAGUUACAAUCUUGCAUAAAAAAGUUAUACAAGAAUAAAGUCAUGAUAUUAUGAUAACUUCCUCAUAAAAAUCAGUCACUGUGCUAAAAUGAGGAAUGUUGAGCCUCUUGUGAAUUUAUAUUUUGGUAUCGGUUUUACACAUUGGCAUCAAAUUAUCAGUUGCAGGAAACUGUUCAAACAGCUGUGUGUGUUUAGAAGAGUUUAUUUUAUAUUAUGACUUUAUUCUCAGAACAUUUUGAAUUUCUCAUAAUAUGAAAAAAGUAAUUUAAAAAGAUUCUCUUAGUUUGGCCCUAAUACUCUGUCGUAAAAACAAGAUAUAAAGAGGUAUAUUUUCUUAUUUGUGAGUAAAACAACCUGUUUCUUUUUUGUUUACAGUCUUCACUCAGCCUGUCUGCUGCUAGCUGCUCCUGUCAGUGCAGAAACUCAAGGAACCGACAGAAUGAUUUACCUAAUUUUUUAAUUUGUCCUUAAAAUACCACGAAGGAGRAACUAAUCACCACAGAGUAUACUGUAUUUUGUCCUUGCCUGUAAAUAUCCGACUCUCAUACCUCAGAAAUGACAUAAACCAAGAAAUGUUCAGCUGUUUUGUUCUGACGUGCGGUGGCUUUGCUGAAAACCAGAGUGCUGUGUUCUUAUAGGUGUGCUGCUGUGACUCAUCCUCAGCGCAGUGUUGUGUUACCGUGUAAUACACCACAAAAACAGCCAUCACACAGUCGUUUGUACCGAGUACAGUGAAGGCAAAUGCUUUACACUACUAUGCUGUUAGAAACAGCAGACUCUUAUUUGUAUUUUUAUUUUAUUUUCCUGGAAAUAUGAAAAUCAUCUGGAGAGUGCAGCGUGGGCGGAAAGGCUGGAGGUGUGUUCAGGCUGUUUUCUGCAUUCCUCUCUUUUUCAUUCCCAGUACGCCUUCUGAUGACUGCUUUCUGCAAUUAAAGAAAGAAAACCCAUCAAAAUCCAA